UUUAAAAACAACAUUUUUCUUGUCUUCUUGAAUCAUAUCUGAGUCUGCUAGGAGAAUGAGGCUUAAGGUAACUGAGAAGCCCAAGGAGAAGCAAAGGAAGGGGCUGUGGUCGCCGGAUGAAGACGAAAGGCUCAGAAGUUACAUCCUCAAGCAUGGCCAUGACUGCUGGAGCUCCAUCCCUGUCAAUGCUGGGCUGCAAAGGAGUGGGAAGAGCUGCAGGCUAAGGUGGAUUAAUUACUUGAGGCCUGGGCUCAAGAGAGGAUUAUUUUCUGAACAAGAAGAGGAUACAAUCCUGAACCUUCAUGGCAAGUUAGGCAACAAGUGGUCUCAGAUAGCCAAGCACCUGCCUGGAAGAACUGAUAACGAGAUCAAGAACUACUGGCACUCUUGUCUGAAGAAGAAGGUGGCCAAGAUGGAGCAAGAAGCUGAUCAAGCAGACGAUCAUACAAAACCUGAAUGUCCAAGUACAAUCACAGAAUCUUCAGUUUCAUCCCAGAAAUCAACUUCUCGAAACCCAAGCUUCGAAUCCUUCGAAGGAUCGCCAAUGGAAAUCAUCCAGUCGAUGCCACAAGCUCUCAGCCUCCAGAGGGGAGCUGGCCAGGCCAACUUGCCAAAACUCCUAUUUGCAGAGUGGCUUUCAUUAGAUCAAUUUCAAGGCCAGGACUUCGGAAAUUCAGUAAACUUGCAGGAUCCUUCUCUAAAUGGGUUGUUUAUUAACGGAGGGCCCUUCUGUGGGGAGUUAAUUAAUCAGCAUGAAUAUUUGGGCAACGGCGUCGCUGAUGAAGCGUUUCAAUCAGAAUUCAAGUCUGAAGAACGAUUAUUCUCUGAAAAUGGGUUUCUUAGUUUUAUGUCCAGUGAUGAUAUGUACAGUUAUUUCAACAUAAAUAAUGAUGUUAUUAUGUAUAAUAUAUGACGAGGAUGAAUAAUUUCUGAUUACUUUUCAGAAAGAGUUCUG